AUGCAACUCCGCUUUCCAUUACCACCGGGGUACUUUGCCAAGUUCGACUUGCUGCCGGACGAGGUGCAGGAGCACAGGAUGCUCGCGAGCGACAUCAUCCGCGAGACGAAGCGAGAUUUGGACCACUACGUCAGAAACGGUCGCAACGUCAUCGACUCGAAAACUUGGAAACUCGCCAAGUCAAAGGACCAACUCCAUUGCUACCGGAGACGUGGCACGGAAGGGUCAGCUCACCAAUUGGGUCUGUACAGCGACUCCGGGUCCAGUCGAAGCGAUCUCUUCGCCCGCUCGCGUCAAUCAAUGAGCUCCCACAGUCAUUCUGGACCCACGGACAUGGACCAAUUGUCGUUCUCCACACGAUCGACAAGAGACGGUGAACCACCUCGCAGGAGCAUUCAGCCGUCAGUGAUCGGCUAUGGCGUCGUGAGCGGCAAUGUGGACGACUUGAUUUACGGCCUCUAUCAGUCGUCCACGGACGAGAUGAAGACGUUAGCGGCGUACUUGGGGGACAACUCGCUCAUUGAUUGUGCCGUGUUGAAGACGAUCCGGCAGACCCGGACGUCCUACCUCGGGCUCAAGUGGAAGUUGUCUCGCACGGUGGGUGGCAACCGGGACUGCUGCUACAUGGAGUACGUGGGGUUGUCGGAAGAUGCAGAUGGCCAGCACUUUGGCUACCACGUCUUGGAGUCCGUGCCCGUGCACAACUGUCCUCACUUUGAAGACAAUUCAAUUGUGCGCGCCCACGUGUCGUUUUGCUUUAUCUUUCGACCCGGUAAACUUGCAGACCAAGUCGAGGUGUUCAUGCAAGGCGCGUACGACUCAUCGGCUGACGCGCUCACGGCUGGAGGGGUGGGUGACUAUCGUAGCACAAUGGAUAUGCUAUUUAAUCUCCCGUCUACACUGGUAGGCGCAGAGGCGAAGAAGGUUUCGGCUAUGGUCGUGAAACAGUCGAGUGCACACAUGAGUGCGAGCACGGUGGACCAGAGCAGCCACCACUGCUUUAUCUGCCGCACCAAGUCGAAGCUCUUGUCCUUGCACUCGAACUGUCAGACGUGCGGCGCCGUCAUGUGCGGCAAGUGCCGCAUUCGAGUGGUGACGUUUUCCCGUCGAGGCAAGAUCAAAGUCUCGUGCUGCAAAUUGUGCAUGGUCAUGGUGCGAGACCAGUCGCCGUUUGCCGGCGAAGAGCUCGAGCUGCAGCAGUCCGCAAGUUCGAAGAAGCUGUUUGAUGAACAAAGUCGCAGCAGCAGCAGCAGAGGCAGCAUGAUCGCGAAACCUGAUAUGAUCAACUCGUCCAUCUCCACCAUGUCUUUGAGCGACUCGGAGUACGCCAUGUCGUACCAUUCGUGGCAGUCGAGCUCCGUGUCUUCGAUGCCGUCGGAUUGCAGCGACAGCUUUGACGGCUCGAGCGGCACCUUUAGCUCGUCGAUCCUUUCGAUGGACCGAAAGAUGCCUGCGUUGCUGGAGAGCCAGCCUCCGGUGCACGCUCCUGUUAGUUACCAGUCCGAGCAGCAGCGCCAGUACGAGCAGCAGCAGCUCCAAAUGCAGCAAUUCCUGAUACGACAGCGCAUGAAACAAAGUGCCGAGGCCGGCUACUCGACGAUGCCGGGUACGCGCCAACAGCCCACCACUCGAGAGGGUCUGUACAACCAAAUGCUGGAGCUGCGAGUGCAAGCUGAGCGAGCCUACGACUUGACAAACCAGAACGGCAAUAUGAUAAAUUCCCAGCGAUAG